CGCGAUGCAUUCUGGGCCUUGGCAAGAUGGCGUCCUCCUUGAUGUGCUGAUGAGAGUUUUACUGCAGCUCCAAACCAGAGGGCAAAACUCCCGUCACCCGAAAAGCCCACAUUAUCUAUUUUCUCCGGGAGUCCACGUCGGCCGUUUCUCAGGACUCGUUCUCAGGCAGGAGACAUCCACGGAGCCGGAGGCCAGGACCAGCCAGGCCGCGCGGACCCGGGGCUGAGGAACCGGCUGCGGGCGAGCACGAUGGGCCGGUCCUGGCUCUGGUUGCAGCAGCUCAGGCGAGUGCGGGACCCGCAGGGCUGAGAGCGGCCGGAGGACAUCCGAGGCGCUCUGAACCUGUUUCUCUCGGCCGGAGACCUCAGCCCCGUCGGCCCAGUCGGCGAACCGGCACCGAGAGCGGGCGGCCGGCCUGUCCUGGGAUCUGCUGAGGCGUCGGAGGCCGAGAGCAGGGUCACCGUGAGGCCUCAAGUCUCUCACGCCUUUGACAGCUCCGCUCGCGGCCCCUCCGGGACCGUGCGGCCUCAGAAACAGCCAGUGGCUUGGGGCCUGGGGGUGCGUGUGUCUGUGCGGAGCUCCGCGGGCUGCCCCAGUCCCCACCAGCUCUUCGCACCCGCCUUCGACUUCCCGCGCAGAGUUAGACACAGGAUCUCAGACUUGUGUCCGAGUACGGGUCUCCGCACCCUCUCCGUUCAUUUAUUUUACGACUCCCCUUUUUUUCUACUUCUUAUUUCACCAAUUCUGGUACAAACUAGUUUUUAAGGCUGGAGGUUCUCGAGCGCUUGUUGCCAAGGACUCCUCCACCUCCUCCCCCCGCAAUGGAGUCCGAAAUGCUGCAGUCGCCUCUUCUGGGACUCGGGGAGGAAGAUGAGGCCGACCUUACGGACUGGAACCUGCCUUUGGCUUUUAUGAAGAAGAGGCACUGUGAGAAAAUCGAAGGCUCCAAGUCCUUAGCUCAGAGCUGGAGGAUGAAGGAUCGGAUGAAGACGGUUAGUGUUGCCUUAGUUUUGUGCCUGAAUGUCGGUGUGGACCCUCCAGAUGUGGUGAAGACCACACCCUGUGCACGGCUAGAAUGCUGGAUUGAUCCUCUGUCCAUGGGUCCUCAGAAAGCUCUGGAAACCAUCGGUGCAAAUUUACAGAAGCAGUAUGAGAACUGGCAGCCGAGGCCUUUGAAUCCAACCGAGGAUUCUCUGCAGGUCUUCACCGCACGUGGCUUGAUGACGAGACACUUCUGCCGCAUGCCAGCACGUCACCUGCUUGUUCAUGGGCUUGCUGGCGUGUGUAGUGACAGCACAUGUGUUAUU